AAAUUCCAAAAUGGCGGAAGAUGGUCGAUCUGUUUAAAGCCUAUAGUCUGCCAUCGUCCAAACUCGUUUUACCUCAAUUGUUAGGUUCUCCUACAAUCAUAAAUGAGUGGAAAAUUUGUCGAAACAUUGUGUACUGGGUUGUACACGUUUCCAUCGAAAAGGAUUGUUUUCUUCGACCAAAGCGUGAGAAACCGGAAGUUUGAAGUGUUUUGGUAGUGCCAGGUCACGCUCUAAUUGCCAAUUUAGAACCCAGUUCCCCUCUAUUCGUUUUAUAUCACGUGACCAAGAAAAAAAAAAACAUGGAGCCUGAAAGUGACAAUUUCCUGGAACGCAUAUUUACUACUGAGGAGUUUUAUUCGUCAGUUUAGGGCCAUGCCCAUUCAGAGUUAAGGAUGGUGUCUUAGAUGUUUAUUCUGGUGAACUAAUCAAAGAUAGUGCGUAUUACUAUGAGGUUGAACGAACGUUGCGUUGCUGAAUUUUCUACUUCCUCGGCUCCAAUCGACAAAGAAGGCUUCCUCAAUAAAAAGGGUGAAGUGAAUCGAGGAUAUCAGCGACGUUGGUUUAUUCUGAAGGGAAAUCUUUUGUAUUAUUUCGAGAAAAGGUCCGACAAAGAACCCAUCGGAGUGAUUGUGUUGGACAAUUGUCACGUAGAGUUAGCAGAAAGUGGAGAACCAUACGCAUUUCAGAUAACUUUUGGUGGAGAUGGGUCAAGGACGUAUAUUCUUGGUGCUGAUACACCGAAAGAAAUGGAAUCUUGGAUGAGAGCGAUCACUCAUUCGAAUUACGAGUACUUGAGAAUGAUGGUAGAGUCAUUUGAAAGCACUUUAGCAAAAUUAACCUCGGAUGACCUUGUCAGUUCGAGCGCAAAUGGCGGUUCAAAUUUGACAACGAAUAUAUCGGGAGCUUCAGGCCCCAAUGAGGUAAAUUCUGAAGAACAAGGGUCGAACGCUGAUCCAAUUGUUGAGUUGCCUAGUUCGAGUGGGAUAGGAAAGUUUGGUGUUGUUUAUAAUGAUGGGCUGGAUAAUAGUAAACCACAAAAGAAACAGGAAAUUCCUAUUGCUUCUUCAGAAAUUCGCCAUUGUGACAUCUCUGGUGACGUUAUUGUCAACAGAACUGGAUCAGUUGUUGGUAAUCUGAUCAAUCUUGACGAUGACGAGGAUGAUCAAAUUCCAAUUCAUAACGAGUUUGCACUUGAUGAGGGCUUUUAUUCAUUCCACAAAGACUCCUCUCACCUGAUGCCAUUAAGCUAUUCAGAUCUGGAGAGACUAGAGGAUAUACACAAAGAUGAUUUGUUAAAUAGAUUGACAGGAAAUGUGCCCUCCAGAAGUAGAGAUGACUCUGAUUUGAUUAGGAGGGUUAAACACGAAGAAUUGACCCGUCAGCAGAGACCCAAAUCUGAACGUCGGAGAAACAAUAUUCGCACCAUGUAUCACAAUGUUGAAACUACAAGUUUGGAAACAGGAAAAUGUAGACCCCUACCCAGAUCUGGAACACAAGGAGAUGAUGCAGGCUAUCAUCCAGAGCAUGAUGUGAUGAACAUGUCACCUCUCCCUGUGGUUCCAAUAUGUUAUCUGGCAAAUAGGUCAUGAGAUAAGAUGCUUUUCAGCUCGAUGUCAUCAUGAUAUAACAUGUAACUUUUCCUUCUGAUUUACAAGGAAAUGUAUGGCAGUCAGAGGGGAGAAUUUCCAUUUGGAUUGUGAGACUUGGAGGGUUAUAUAAGUAAUUGCCGCUCAAUUUACAAAUUUGAACCAGUGGCAAUAGUCUUUAAUUCUAUUGAUUUGUGCAAAUGCUACUGUUAAAUCACUCAUGCCAAUUAUAAUUUAGAGUUUUUGUUCACCUCUUCAUUAAGUUAUGUUACAUUACAGCAAAUUAAAAUGACUGAAAAUAAGGGACAAAUUAUAAUUAUAUGGCAUUGGCAAUGAUUCUGUUUAAUGAAUCUGUUUGAAGUAAACAUAAAACAAUCUGUACAAAUCAAGAAUUUUAGGUUGUGAAUAAUUGUCAUCUUUCAAAAAUGUUACUUUAGGUUUAAAAUCACAAGGUCAAUCUAGUGAUUCUACACCUGAUAACACAUUAGAGAAGGUUGUUGUUUAAGUUACUGUAAUCUUGCUAUUUGUGAAGGGCUGAAAGCAUGAUACAUAUCGAGGUGCAGAGUACCAUAUGUCCUAGUAGGGGGCAGGGGGGGCAAUCAGUCAUGAAGACUAGUAAUUGUAAGAAAGAUGAAUGUUUUUGUGAAAACUUAUUUCCUAGUUUUGUUAGUGUUUUUGAAUAAAGAAUUACCAAAGAAACA